AAUGGCAACAGGUUUGAAUUUAUACUAUAAAAAGGUGGUCAAAUUUUGAGAUAUAAUGGUGGCACAUGUUAUGCUAUGUGUUAAGAUGUCUUCUCAUGGUAUAACCCAUCAAUCCAAAUUUGUUGGAAAGGAUGUGAUUAUGCUACUGGUAGAGUGAAUGAUCCAGUUUUGAGAUAGGAAGCAGAAGAUAUGUGUAAAAGAUAUACAGCAGAAGCUAUGUGGACCAAAAAAGGAGAAUUGGGUAUCUAAAAAAUACAAUUAUUUUAAGACAAUAUUGAAGAUUUAAGAAUACAUGCUGAUAUGUUCCCAGAAAACCCUAGAAAUAUUUAUAGAGCAUGCUUGGCAGGUGUUCGUAGAUAAAAAUAUUGAA